CAACUGAGUUUCUCCCACUCGGUCGGCUUCCUCUUCCCCACCAUGAGUCGGCAACUGAACUUCAAGUCCGGUGGUGACAAGGGCAGCUUCAGCGUGCAUUCUGCAGUGGUGCCAAGGAAGACAGUGGGCAACUUGGCCUCUUACCGCACUGUUGGCCAAGGGGCUGGGGCUGGCUUUGGCAGCCGGAGCCUCUACAGUCUUGGAGGGAAUCGGCAUAUUUCUUUCAACGUGGCUGGCAGUGGCGUUCGGGCUGGAGGGUACAGCUUUGGGCAUGGCUCUGGGUAUGGAGGGGGCCGGGCUAGCGGCUUUGCUGGAAGUAUGUUUGGCAGUGUGGCCUUGGGGCCCUCGUGUGCCUCUGUGUGCCUGCCUGGGGGCAUCCACCAGGUCACUGUCAACAAGAACCUCCUGGCCCCCCUCAACGUGGAGCUGGACCCUGAAAUUCAGAAAGUGCGCGCCCAGGAGCGGGAACAGAUCAAGGCUCUGAAUGACAAGUUUGCUUCCUUCAUUGACAAGGUGCGGUUCCUGGAACAGCAGAACCAGGUGCUGGAGACCAAGUGGGAGCUGCUGCAGCAGCUGGACCUGAACAACUGUAGGAAGAACCUGGAGCCCAUUUAUGAGGGCCACAUCAGCAGCCUGCGGAAACAGCUGGAGACCCUGUCCGGGGACAGGGUGAGGCUGGACUCGGAGCUGCGGAACAUGCGGGACGUGGUGGAGGACUACAAGAAGAGGUAUGAGGUGGAGAUUAACCGGCGCACUGCAGCGGAGAAUGAGUUUGUGGUGCUCAAGAAGGAUGCAGACGCAGCCUACACGGUCAAAGUGGAGCUUCAGGCCAAAGUGGACUCUCUGGACAAAGACAUCAAGUUCCUGAAGUGUCUGUAUGACGCGGAAAUCGCCCAGAUCCAGACUCAUGCUAGUGAGACCUCUGUCAUCCUGUCCAUGGACAACAACCGGGACCUGGACCUGGACAGCAUCAUUGCCGAGGUCCGCGCCCACUAUGAAGACAUCGCCCUGAAGAGCAAGGCUGAAGCCGAGGCUCUGUACCAGACCAAGAUCCAAGAGCUGCAGCUGGCAGCUGGCAGGCAUGGAGAUGACCUCAAACACACCAGGAACGAGAUGUCAGAGCUAAACCGACUCAUCCAGAGGAUCCGCUGUGACAUUACCAACGUGAAGAAGCAGUGCUCUAACCUGGAGACAUCCAUUGCGGAUGCUGAGCAGCGAGGGGACAAUGCCCUUAAGGAUGCCCGGGCCAAGCUGGACGAGCUGGAGGGAGCCCUGCACCAGGCCAAGGAGGAGCUGGCCCGGAUGAUGCGUGAAUACCAGGAGCUCAUGAGCCUGAAGUUGGCCCUGGACAUGGAAAUCGCCACCUACCGCAAGCUGCUGGAGAGUGAGGAGUGCAGGAUGUCAGGAGAGUAUCCUUCCCCUGUCAGCAUCUCCAUCAUCAGCAGCACCAGUGGCAGUGGAGGCUACGGCUUCCGUCCCAGCACAGUCAGCGGCGGCUAUGUGGCCAACAGCACCAGCUGCAUCUCCGGAGUGUGCAGUGUCCGCGGUGGGGAGAGCAGGAGCCGGAGCAGUGCCAACGAUUACAAGGAUACCCUGGGGAAGGGCUCUAACCUGAGCUCCCCCUCCAAGAAAGGCAGUCGGUAA